ACUCAUCACCAACAGUUCUAAUUAAGAUUUAAGAAUCAUAAUUUUCCUUUUGAGAAAGAAAAAGAAAAAAAGAGUAGUAACUGAGAGAGAGAAGAAUAGAGUUGAGUUUUAAGGAGAGGUAACUAGAUAAAGUUGGGGUUACUGUUACAUUUGUUUCUUGUUGGGCUAAGAUAACAAAAUAUCUUUAAUAUCCUCUGAUCAAACUCUGCUACCCUUUGCAAAGGCAUCAAGCGGCUCUCUAUGAGUAAAGUUAGGAUAUUUCUUCCUCUCAUAUUUACAGCUUCAAAACCUUUCCCUUUACCUUUCACCUUGUUUGAAGUAGUGGGUGCUUAGGCUUAUCGAGACAGCAUGUUGAAAGCAUUCAAGAAGACCGUUGAGGAGCGAAUUUUCACAGUUGUUAUGUCAAAGGCAAAGCAUGUUUAACGGCAAUGGCAGGGUUGCAGGGGUUUUUGGGAUUAGCAAUUGCAGGAGUAUCAGCUUUAAGGUUUUGUGACAGCAGCAGAUGAUCGAAGAGCAUCAAGAAAUAGCAAAAACCAGCACCAAAGAGUAAGAGGAAAGCAAAAGAAGUGAGCUUUGAAGAACAUCAAGAACUUCAAGAAAAGCGAAAUCUGGAUUUCCAGAAAUAUCAACUGCACCCACAGAAUCCUACCUACCAAAUUAUACAUCCUAGUUCACAAGAAAAUCAAGAACAAAACCUAGACACACAACAAACCCUUUACCAACAUCCUCAGCUUCUCCAAAACCAGCAGCAAUAUGUGGAGGUGAUACGUUCCAGCCGAGCAGCAGAAGUAGCUCCCGGCAGACGAACUUCAGACCAGACUAUAGAAUAUGCAAAAUCUAGACAAGGAACAGGAAUGAAACGAGCUGAAGGAGAAAUUGUUCAAGUCCAAGGAGGCCACAUUGUUAGGUCUACUGGCCGUAAAGAUCGACACAGCAAGGUUUACACCGCUAAAGGUCCUAGGGACCGCAGGGUUCGGCUAUCUGCCCAUACUGCAAUACAAUUCUAUGAUGUUCAAGACCGGUUAGGCUAUGACCGACCAAGCAAAGCUGUUGAUUGGCUCAUUAAGAAGGCUAAGUCUGCAAUUGACAAGCUUGCUGAGCUUCCACCAUGGCACCCAAUAGCUAAUAAUACUAAUGGAACCAUGGAGGCAGACCAGAAUGCUGGGUCUAGUGAAAUGGCAAUUGCAGAGCAAUCAGAGUCUUCUGGUUAUAGUUUUCAGCUCCAAAGACAAUUGGCCGAUAAUCCAAGUAAUGAUUCCUCCUUCAUUACACCUCCUAUAGACCCUGGUGCCAUUCCUGAUACCAUGAAAUCUUUGUUCCCCACAAGCUCCACAGCCUCAUCAAUGAACUUUCAGGGCUAUCCACCUGAUAUUAUCACAAGAACCACAAACCAUACUGAAGAUCUUGGCCUAUCCCUUCACUCUUUCCAAGACCAAGAUCUAAUUCAUGGGCAAUCACAGGCAGAUACAAGCCAUUCACCUUCAAAUGAUCAGAACCUUUUUGCAGGGUCAGCACCAGUGGGAUAUGAAGCUAAUUUCCAGAGAAUGAUGGCUUGGAGCAACAACACAAGUACUGAGAAUAGAACUGGUGGCGGUUUUGCAUUCAAUCCACCACAAAUGCCACCACAACAAGCAUUGCUAGGCCAAGACUCAGCAUUCUCUCAGAGGGGACCCCUUCAGUCCAGUUUUGCACAAUCUAUUCGUGCUUGGAAUGAUCUUACUAUGGCAUCCUCAGACCACCAUAGAACACAGGAAAUUCAUCAGUCUUUUAUUUUUGGUAGCAGGUUUGCAUCGGAGGGAUUGCCAGGUUUUAGCAUUCCAGCACGAAUUCAAGGGGAGGAAGAGCAAAGUGUUGUUUCAGAUAGGCCAUCCUCUUCUUCUCCUAAUUCUCAGCAUUGAUUAAAGAACUCCACUUAUCUACGAGAAUCACAACCAGCCAUGGUCCAUGGAUGAUGAUCAAACUGAAGAUGAAGUAUCAGAGAUACCACUCAAUUCAAUUAUGUACCACCACCUGUGGGAAGAAACUAUCUGGUUGGAUUCAACAUUUUUUUUCCUAUGUUCCUUUAUAUAUGUUUAACGGAUUCUGUACUUGUUCUAUAUAGAGCUUAUUGAAUGGGCUUUUUUGCCUCUACUUUGAUAUGUGUUUGACUAGUAUUGCUAGAAUUGGAUUCUGAUAUUAGAACUCUCUCUCUUUGUUUU